UGGCGGCGGCGGCGGCGGUGGCGGCGGCGGGUGAGGCGCGGGAGCCGACCCGGGCAGCAUGGUGAUGGCCGAGCCCCGGCGGCUUCCUCCGGCCGCCGCCGCGCUGCUCCUGCAGCCCCCGCUGCCGCCGCCGCCGCCGCCGGCUCAGCCUCAACCGCCCCGCGGCGCUUCGGUGCCGGUGCGCGUCGGCUUCUACGAGAUCGAGGGCACGCUGGGCAAGGGCAACUUCGCCGUGGUCAAGCUGGGCCGGCACCGCAUCACGCGCAGCGAGGUGGCGAUAAAAAUCAUCGACAAAUCUCAGCUUGAUUCUGUCAACCUGGAGAAAAUUUACCGGGAGGUACAGAUCAUGAAAAUGCUGGACCAUCCACAUAUUAUCAAGCUUUAUCAGGUGAUGGAGACCAAAAGCAUGCUGUACCUUGUGACAGAAUAUGCCAAAAAUGGUGAAAUAUUUGGUAAGCUUUCCGACUAUAAAAAUAGCUCGUUGAACAGCCAGUGUCUAUGGUCCAUCUGUGUUUUGCUUUUGUUUUGUGUUUUUUUUCCCCCUUCCUCUGCAGAUUUUGGGUUUGGGAACUUCUACAAAAGCGGCGAGCCUCUGACCACCUGGUGUGGAAGCCCUCCUUACGCAGCUCCCGAGGUCUUUGAAGGCCAGCAGUACGAGGGGCCGCAGCUGGACAUUUGGAGCCUGGGCGUGGUCCUUUACGUCUUGGUUUGUGGAGCGUUGCCCUUCGAUGGACCGACCCUCCCCAUCCUGCGGCAGAGAGUUUUGGAAGGGAGGUUCCGCAUCCCCUAUUUCAUGUCUGAAGAGUGCGAGCAUCUCAUCCGGAGGAUGCUGGUUCUGGAUCCAUCCAAGAGACUCAGCAUUGCUCAGAUUAAGGAGCACAAGUGGAUGCUGAUAGAGGUUCCAGUCCAAAGGCCCACUCUCUAUGCCCAGGGGCAAGAGAACGGGCCUCCCAUCGGAGAAUACAACGAGCAGGUCCUGAGGUUGAUGCACAGCCUGGGAAUUGACCAGCAAAAGACCAUUGAGUCCCUGCAGGAUAAGAGCUACAAUCACUUCGCUGCUAUCUACUACCUGCUGGUGGAGAGGCUGAAGUCCCACCGCAGUAGCUUCCCCAUCGAUCAGCGGUUAGACUCUCGCCAGCGGCGACCCAGCACCAUCGCCGAACAAACGGUCGCUAAGGCAUCUGUCGCUCCUGUAAACUUGCACAGUCCAAACGUUCGGCUCCGAAGGUCUCCUGGCCUCCCACCGACCGCCGAGGCCUUCUCCUUUUCCAGGUCCGUCUGCCAGGCGGAAACGGCUUUCAUGGAGGAAGAGAGAAUCGACACCCCCAAAGUGAACGGAUGCCUGCUGGAUCCGGUUCCCCCAAUGAUGGUGAGGAAGGGGUGCCAGUCCCUCCCGACCAGCAUGAUGGAAACGUCCAUCGAUGAAGGGAUCGAAGCCGAAGGGGAAACGGAAACGGAUCCUGCCCAGGCCUUCGCGGCGCUGCAAGGAUCUCGCAGUGGGAAGAGGCGACAUACCUUGGCCGAAGUGACCAACCCCCUCUUAGCCAUGCCAGGCCCAGGAAAAGUCUUCUCCGUGGACGCGAACCAAUCCUUGAGCAGCGUUGACUCGGAAUACAACAUGGGAUCGAUCCAGAGGGAUUUAAACUUCCUGGAAGACACCUCCUCCUUGAAGGAAAUGGUUCUGGCCAACCUGCCAGCUCCGAGGUUGACCCCCCCUUUCAUUGGCCUGAGGCCGCCUAACCCAGCCAUGCAGGCACUGGUGGCCCACAAGCGGGAAGCCCACAAUCGGUCCCCAGUCAGCUUUCGAGAGGGGCGCAGGGCAUCGGACACGUCCCUGACGCAAGGAAUUGUCGCGUUCAGGCAACACCUUCAGAACUUGGCCAGAACCAAAGGCAUCCUGGAGCUGAACAAAGUCCAGUUGUUGUAUGACCAGAUGAGGUCAGAAGACGAACCUUCUCUGGAAUCCGCUUCUCCUCACUUGCAUGACCUUGAGGGUGGUUCCCAUCAGGAAGAGGCACCCUUGUCACAGGAGGCAGCUUCCACCUUCCCCAGCAGCCUCCAUCCCCCGUUGCUAUCCAGGCGCCAGAGCUUAGAAACUCAGUAUUUGCAACACCGGCUUCAGAAGCCCAGCCUGCUUUCGAAAGCCCAGCAUGCGUGCCAGAUGUUUUGCAAGGAGAUACCUCGGAGCCUGGAACAGCAGCUGCAGGAGCAGAGGUUGUAUCAGAAGCACCUCUUCCUCCAGAAGCAGUCCCAGCUGCAGACCUACUUCAACCAGAUGCAGAUCGCCGAGAGCACCUACUCCCGAUCCAGCCAGCUGCCCCUCCCUUGCCACGAGGAGCCCCCUCCUCCUCCCCCUCCCCCUCCCCCUCCUCCCCCUCCCCAGUUCAGCCUGGUGCAGCCCUUGAGUCCUGUCAUGGAGCCGCCGUCGGCCGAAGACAUGCAAUACGACCCUUUCCUCAGCCAGUAUCAGAAGCUGCAGCUCGGCCCACAACCUCCUCCUCCCGCCCUCCACGGCUCCCCCCAGGUCCCGGCCCAGCAGCCGUACCCCUACCAGACUUGCGAGGGGCCCCUUGGUCUCUCGCCAGAGCUAGAUUAUGCCAGCCAGCCUCCGUAUCCCCUGGAUCCUACCCAGCAGAGCGGCGUAGCCAUGACCAACGUCCAGAGGGGCUCGGAACUUCCUGGGUCUCAGUCCAGCUAUGACACCUUAAACCUUGCCCAGUUGCCUGGGCUCUUGGAUUGUGAAAUGAUGGAGACGGUCGACCCGCAACACGGAGGCUACGUCUUGGUCAACUAGCAGCUUCCUGGAGAAGAGGACGGCGGGUCGAAGUCCAGCCACGCCGUGGCUGCGGAUUCCCACCGGGACUCCACGGCGGCUUCUCCAAACCUUUAAGCUUUCACGGCCGAAGAGCCCAACUGAACUGGUACUAGCGGAGAAGGGCCACGUUUCCCCUUUCCAGGAGGGCUGAAGGCAGGCCUUACCCCUUCCCCAGAACAAAGAACUACUCGGAAGAGAAGGACGACUGCCCACACCUGGGAAGGAAGGAAGGAAGGAAACCUUCCAGAAGUCUCGGGCGUUCUACUCACCGCUCAACCUCUGCCCGAGGAAACCUGGGAGAAUUCAGGAAGAGGAGUGAAUUAUGCUCUACACCACACUUGGCAAUAAAAGCAAUACCUUAUUAUUAUUAUUAUUUUUUUCCCCCAUUGGAACCUGGCCGAGAUGUCGUCGACACGGAAGCCAGUCAGGAAUGUAGGAUGUCCCCCUGGGCUUUAGAAUUGGCCUGCUAAGCUAGGCUAGGCUGUAGGUCAGAGGUGGGGAAAUGGUGGCCGUCUUAGGACUGGUGGACUUCCAACUCCCAGAAUUCCUGAGCCAGCCAUUCCUGCUGGCUUGGGAAUCCUGGGAGUUGGAAGUCCGCCAGUUCUAAGACGGCCAUCAUUACUCAUCCCCACGUAGAUGUUCUUCAGAGGACUUGCAGGAACUCUUUGGACUUCUUUUUUUGUUGAGCAGAGGACUUGCAGGGAACUCCGAACCUUUGCACAUCUCGCGAACGCCCUGGAUGACGGACGAAAGCGUCCCUCGGUCCAUCCUGAAAUUCAACUUGGAGUCAACAUCUAGGAUUGUGGAGGCCUUCCAGAGAUCAGCAGGGAAGGAGAUCCGGGAGUCCGAAGCGGAAGCAGCCUCAAAGCAACCUUGGGAAGAACUUGGAUCACUGGACAAAUUGUUCUAAGCUGCCCUUUGUAGCUAUUUUUUUUCUUUCUUUCUUAGAGGAAGCAAAUCUACUUGGACUUCAAGCGUGUGCGUUGAUGGUUGUUCUUAGGCUUUGCAUAUUUGGGCAACUAUUUAGGGGUGUAGUGUUUUAAGGACAAAGCGGAAUAAGCUUAUCAGAAAAAACCCAUGUGAAGUGAUAGUGCCGUGCCUUUUUUUCGGUUCUUUCGAAGACCCUUCCUUUCUGUUUUUUUAAAAAUUCUGAAUUAUUUUUUUUUAAAAAAAAACCCACCCACCCACCCAUCUCUUGUCUAGGCUGACACCAAAGUCCCUUCAGCGACCGAGUUCCACCGUGUGGAAUGUGGGUUUCGUGUCCCGUCUCCCCCCCCCCCCAAUAAUUCUUUCUGACUCACUCAUCUAUAGACCUGAUUUUAAUUUUACUUAA